GCGUCCCCGCCUAUUGGCUGCGCGGACCCCGCCUUCUGCCCGCCCUCCCCGCCCUGACCCUGCCGGGAUGACCCGGGCGGUGAGUGCCCGGCCCUUGUGCUCCAGAAGCCCGCCGCAGCUGUGCAGGGAUCAGGCUUCAUGGCGGCGCGGCCGCUGUCCCGGAUGCUGCGGCGGCUCCUGGGAUCCAGCGCCCGGAGCUGCAGCUCAGGGGCUCCGGUGACGCAGCCCCGCCCCAGGGAGUCCGCGCAAGCUGCCUCGGAGGAGCUGUCCAGGCGGAGGCAGUUCCUGCGAGGGCAUGCAGCCCCCUUCUCCGCCAUCCUCACAGACAGCUUCGGCCGGCAGCACAGCUACCUUCGGAUCUCCCUCACGGAGAAGUGCAACCUCAGAUGUCAGUACUGCAUGCCCGAGGAGGGGGUCCAGCUCACCCCCAAGGCCAACCUGCUGACCACAGAGGAAAUCCUGACCCUCGCCCGGCUCUUUGUGAAGGAAGGUGUCGACAAGAUCCGGCUCACGGGUGGAGAGCCGCUCAUCCGGCCGGACGUGGUGGACAUUGUGGCCCAGCUCCAGCAGCUGGAAGGGCUGAGGACCAUCGGUGUCACCACCAAUGGCAUCAACCUGGCCCGGCUGCUCCCCCAGCUUCAGAAGGUUGGUCUCAGCGCCAUCAACAUCAGCCUGGACACCCUGGUGCCUGCCAAGUUUGAGUUCAUCGUCCGCAGGAAAGGCUUCCACAAGGUCAUGGAGGGCAUCCACAAGGCCAUUGAGCUGGGCUACAACCCUGUGAAGGUGAACUGUGUGGUGAUGCGAGGCCUUAACGAGGAUGAACUCCUGGACUUUGCAGCCUUGACCGAGGGCCUCCCCCUGGACGUGCGCUUCAUAGAGUACAUGCCCUUUGAUGGCAACAAGUGGAACUUCAAGAAGAUGGUCAGCUAUAAGGAGAUGCUGGACACUGUCCGGCAGCAGUGGCCAGAGCUGGAGAAGCUGCCAGAGGAGGAGUCCAGCACAGCCAAGGCCUUUAAAAUCCCUGGCUUCCAAGGCCAGAUCAGCUUCAUCACGUCCAUGUCUGAGCAUUUCUGUGGGACCUGCAACCGCCUGCGAAUCACAGCUGAUGGGAACCUCAAGGUCUGCCUCUUUGGAAACUCUGAGGUAUCUCUGCGGGAUCACCUGCGAGCUGGGGCCUCUGAGCAGGAGCUGCUGAGAAUCAUCGGGGCUGCUGUGGGCAGGAAGAAGCGGCAGCAUGCAGGCAUGUUCAGUAUUUCCCAGAUGAAGAACCGGCCCAUGAUCCUCAUCGGUGGGUGACCCAUCAAGUUAUUUCUGAUGUUCCGUGAUUCCCCACCAGCCAAUCCAAGCAUUUCCUCCUGGGAUGCCCUCCAUGUUGAGGGUCUAAGAUCCAGAAUGAGUUUCUCCAGCCAGAUGGCCACUUUAUGGAAAGGAUACAGGGUCCCCCAGACCCCUCCUCUAGCCCAGCAGCAGCUGGGGUCUGGCUCCUUUCAGAGACACUACACUUCCCAUGUAGACUCAAAUGCCAACUCAAAGUGCCUUAGCCCAGGUUCCUGGGCUUCUGCUGCCCCCUCAGGACCCCAGCUAACCUCAGAACAACUAACUCAUGUGGACUCGGAAGGACGGGCAGCGAUGGUAGAUGUGGGCAAGAAGCCAGACACAGAACGGGUGGCUGUGGCCUCAGCCGUGGUCCUCCUGGGGCCUGUAGCCUUCAAGCUUGUCCAGCAGAACCAGCUCAAGAAAGGAGAUGCCCUGGUGGUGGCCCAGCUGGCUGGAGUCCAGGCAGCCAAGCUGACCAGCCAGCUGAUCCCUCUGUGCCACCAUGUGGCCCUGAGCCACGUCCAGGUGCAGCUGGAGCUGGACAGCACACGCCAUGCUGUGGAGAUCCGGGCAUCUUGCCGGGCUCGGGGCCCCACUGGGGUGGAGAUGGAGGCCCUGACCUCUGCUGCAGUGGCCGCCCUCACCCUGUACGACAUGUGCAAGGCUGUCAGCAGGGACAUCGUGUUGGAGGAGAUCAAGCUCAUUAGCAAGACUGGUGGCCAGCGCGGGGACUUCCAUCGGGCUUAGCUCCUUCCUGCCGUUCUCACCCAUGGCCCAGCCAGGCCUGGAGAUGGGAUGCAAUUUGGGCUGAGGGAAAGAUGUCAGGUUCCUUUAAUCACAGUCACUGUUUACCUUGAGCAGUAAACCGGAAGAGAGCCUGCUCUACUACUAGGUCUGCUGCUAGAUGAUCUCUAAUGAUCGAUGGAGCUUCCUUUCUGCAGGGAAGAUACCAGCAGGCCCUCAAGCCUUCCGGGACAGACACUAAGGUCAUGGGAGCGGGACUGCAGCCAGCAAUGCUAGGUAACUGGGAAAUCAUGUUCUUUGUGGACUGUUGCAGACCACCAGUUUCAGAGAGUCCAGCCCAGAACUUUUCCUUCUCAUUUUGGGUUUUCUCUUCUGCCCUCCUGGGGAGAGAUGAAGGGCUCAUUAAGCAGAGGAGCCCAUUUUGAAGAGAGCAAAGCACAAGCCUGGCUGAGUAAUGCAUCCCAGCUUCUCCCCGGCAGCGCUGCCUCCCUCAGCCCGUCCUGACUUCAUCUCUCCUUCUGCCCAAGUCUGUGUCCCUUCAGACUUGCAGGCUUUCAGCUUAACCGCUGCCCAGUCUUGCUGGCCCCCUUUCCUCAGGACCCCUCCUCUGAAACAGGAUAUGCACACAUGGGUCACCGCCCUAAGGACUCCUGACGUACCUCGCAGCCCACACCUGGCCCUGCUCAUGGCUGUUUCACUCACCCCUCUUGAUUCUGGAGCAUAUCAGAGAAAGACGACGAUGACAGAUUGCCUUCACCCUCACAGCGCACAAAUAAAGCUAUGAUGCCAACUUUGCAGAUGCAAGAAUGAAGACUCUGUGUGGGUAGGGCACUGGGCUGCUGCCUUUUCACAGAGAAGGUUGUACCUAUUAACCCUAUCCCAAGACACAUUGCCCUGGGGGAAGAAGGGGAAGAAAUAUGCUCCUUAGGCCCUGCAAAGGCCUAAGGGGCUAUACAGAGAGUAGCCUGUGGGAGAAUGUGAAGUGGUGGUGGUUGGGGGAGGGGGGGGCGCAUAGAAAUGCACCAUCUAAGGGAAACUUUUUGUCAGGUGGUGGCCAGGGGUGUUCAAAGCUCAUUGCUUGCAUCACCUCCUACUGGAGAUCAGAGAAAACAAUUGGAGGCUCCUGGUUUUCACAUCCCCAAACACUGUUCUGGCCUGCUGGGCUCUCUAACUUGGUUAGAUGUCUUUGGGUCUAUCCACAGUGGUGCCUCCUGCCUGCCUCCCCUCUGCCCUGGUGUGCUGGCAAAUGUUUAACAAUCAGCUCUCCGGUAAAGACCAUUUCUGUGAUUAUAAAUACUCCCACGUGGAGUAAUUUCAAGCUACCAAUGUAAUGUCAAAUGGCUUGCAAAAUUCCUGAAAAUGUGAACAAUAGCUUCUCACAGAGUUGGUACAAGCUGGCUGCAGGACACCACUCCCAGCCCACCCAAGAUCCCCUCACAGGAAGGCACAAGUUUAAAGGCAGAAUGGGUAGGGAUGGUAUGAAUUUAAUAUUUUUUAGUAUUACAAUAUAUUCUUAUAAAAAAGGUGCAAGUGAAAAAGGACACUGCAGACUUUGUCCAUUUAGCCUCAUGUCGUCGGAGGCAGCUGGUGAGAAUAGCCUUGGUGUGAAGGCAUCCCUGGUAGAGGUCGGGGGAGAUAGUGACAGCGCCCCAGUUGGUGGAAAUGGGGAUGGGAGUUGGGAGAGGCUGAAACAGACCCUCCCCAUUCACCUGCAGAAUCUUCUCCUCCCACUGCCCUAAACACUUUAUUUCCAUCACAGGGCAGAAAUGCUGCUGCUGAGAAGGUUGCAUCAGGUUGAUGAUGAAUUUUACAUUGGCCAGGAAAUCAGACAGCUGGAGAAACUUAAAGGUGGCAGGAGUGGUGGGGAGAACAUGAAAAAAAGCAAGACCAAGAAACAUUAAGAGGCGAAAACAUUUAACAUAUUAAGGAUCAGCUCAGCCACCCGCAUUGGGCACCAGUCCCUUCUUACUGAGUUGAGUAUGAGUCCGUGGUGCAAGGCACUGUUGGAGACCUGGCUACAGUGGCAUCUAGAACCAGAGCCACUGGCCAGAUCUAGAAAAUAAUAAAUAAAAAAUAUGUUU